AUGUCAAAUUCUCAAGAACACCAAAGUGAAAUUGAUCGAUGCAUAGAAUUAUUGAAUCCAUCUUCAUCGGAUGAAGCUAAAUUUGUCGCGCUUACUCUUUUACCACGACUUUUGAAACAAGAUAAAGAAAAUGUGUUACUUAUUUUUGACGCGAUGGAUUUUAAGUUUUUGGAGCGCUUAAUGAGAACUGGGAGUGUAAAUGACGAUAAUCAACCAGACUUUACUUUAAAAUCAAUAGCUGUUAAUAUAUUAUCUUGCUUUUGCGCACUCGACGAACUUUUAAAUAAAAAACAGAUUCUUGCACGUAUUCCAACUCUCGCGUCUCUUAUAUCUCCGGAUAACGAAGAAUUGACGCGAGAUAUCCUAGGGAUAUUUCUUAGAUUAUCGUCCGCAAAUAAAGGGUUGAAUUAUAUUAUAGAUGACAAAAUUACUUCAAAGAUUUUGCAAUGUAUAACGUCUUUUACGAAUGUCGAAAUACAGGAACUUGCUCUAAAUGUAAUUUAUUACACCACUGUCGGUUUUGUUCAAGAUUUUUUAAUUAAUGAUGAGUCACAAACUAGCAUUUUGAUUCAAAAUUUUAGGCAUAGUUUGUUGGAAAUUUUAAGUAAUAAAUUAGGGAGUGAACAACGUGAUAAGGCACUGUCACUUGUCAUGCUACUUCUUUACCAUUUUGGUGCUAUUUCAUUAUUUGCACCUAUUACAUCGAAUCUUACUUUGACCCAGAUCUCAAAGAGUGCAGCUGGGGAUAUUGAUAAUGAAUUUAAAUUUUCAGCGUUAGUGAUACAAUUAUCAUGCGUUGAAAUACGGUUGAUGUUGGAUGAGUUAGAACAAGAAAAAAAGAAUGAUCAACUUAACGAACGUCUUAAAGUGAUGCUACCGGCAUGCUAUACUAUUUUAGAAAAAUCGAUCGAAUAUCUAUCACACAUCGAAAAUAUACUUGAAUCACAGGAAAAAGUAGAAACUGCCCGAGUAAAAUUAGAGCCUGAUGUUUUACUACGAUUAAAGGGUACUAUGAUUGAAACAUUUCGAGCCAUAAUUGAAUAUUUAAUAGAUGUUAAAGAAAGAGGAACUUCUAUUAAGUCUGCUAUGAAAGACGAGAAAAUCACAGCUAGUAUUCGCGUUCUUUCCGCAUGGCUUGCCGAAGAAAGCUCAUUAGAAAAAGAAACUAUAGCUUUGAUGCCGUUUUUAGUUGACACGUGUCGUUACUGUUUAGAAACUUCUACCGAGGUGGACCUUGUUAAAAUAUUGAUAUCAGCAUUCCUAAACAUUACGUCACAGGAUAAUCUACGCCAAGUCUUUUUAGAUCAAAGGGGAGCACAAAUAAUGUUUGAUUAUUGGGAGAAAAAUUGGACAAACAUAGAUACAAAAAAUCUUACAAAUACAAAAUCUAAAGAAAUUUUAAGUAUAUUACAAGUUUUGUUAACCGUCGUUGUAGCAGAAGGUGAUACUUUCAUUGCUAGAAAUGAAGAUGAACUUUGGAAAAUUGUGAAGACCGGGUGUCAAAUAGCGCAGAUUCUUGGUAUAAAUCGAAUCAAUCAAACUUUGAACCUUGGUCCCAAACUAAAAUCGGAAGGAUAUUCAUUUGAACAAGAAAUUCAAACAAUACUUUUAGCAAAUACGCUUUUAUUUUGUCUUCUCGUUAUAUCAGGCGCUUCGCCAUCUUAUAAAGAGCUCGAAAUGGAAGUCAUAAAAAGGAUUAAAUGUGUAGCAAUUUCAUUUUAUAAUGAACAAAAGAAUAUAAUUUCUCAAGAAAAUCAACGGAUGCAAAUUGAAGAAUUAAUUUAUUUAGGCGUUGAAAGUUAUUCUUGUGAUCCUUCAGUUUGUAAAGCUCCAAGUUGUUUUUGUUCUAGCAAAACUUUUCUCGGAAACCGGAGUCUGACUCUUGAUGAAACUCCACAAUUUUUCAUGUUUACUUUUGACGAUUCUGUUCAACAAAGUACUAUCCAAGUUGUAAACCAAUUACUGGGAAGUAGGAAAAAUCCUAAUGGAUGUCCUAUAAAAACUACUUAUUAUGUUAGCAUUCAAUACACUAACUUUUCCAUGGUCACUGAAUGGUAUGCCAAGGGUCAUGAGGUUGCCGAUCAUACCGUUACCCAUGUUGCACAACCUUCCGAACAGGAAAUUACUAAUUGUAAAUUGACGCUCAAUAACUUUGCGGGUCUUCCAAAUGCCAAAGUUAGUGGAUUUCGCGCGUAU